AUGAGCCACCGAAUUCUUUCUAACUCGGAAACGCAGUCAUUGUUCAACGAAGGAUCAUGGCUUGAUGAUCGAGAUGCCGAUGAUGUCGACUGGCCUUGUCGAAUUGCGUUCGGUGCGCGUCACUUCGUGGAGGAGAUUGAAGGUGCUGCAUUGUAUGUCGAGAAGUAUUGCAAAGAAAAGAUCAAAACGCUUACUGUUGCUCUGGUGAUCUGUCUGAAUAUUGAUAUCGAUCCACCAGAUGUGCAGAAAAUACCACCAUUUUGUCGUGUCGAGGCUUGGUUUGAUCCAACUGAUGCCAACAGUCUCCGCGCAUUAGAGACUAUUGGAAAAAACUUGCAAAUCCAGUACGAACGAUGGCAUCCUCGCGCGCGGUACAAACAAUGCCUAGAUCCGACCUUGGACGAUGUAAAGAAGUUGUGCGUCAAUCUGAGACGAAAUGCCAAGGAGGAUCGUAUCCUAUUUCACUACAACGGGCACGGAGUGCCACGACCGACGGAGAACGGGGAAAUUUGGGUAUUCAACACGGUAAAUGCUCCACUGUUUGCACGAUCCCAAAUGGUAUUGCAGAUCGCAUAUCGUCUUUUCAAAACUCACCUGUUGCCGUUCACCUCACUAAUCGGCAAAUAUAUUUCGUCAAACGGGAUUAUAAAAUGCCCUCCCAUAGGGAAUCGAUAA